UUCAGCACCAGCAUGUAUAAAAAGCUCCCUUCAGUUUGGGUCAGGACCUAUCUUUGAGAAGCUCCUGUGAGCGCUGACUUGCUAUUCUUUUGGGGGUCGGUCAGGAAAAUCUACACUGAAAUCCACGGUAGCAUGGCUCUAAAUAACCCCACCCCUCUGGGACCAUGGAAGAUCACAGUGUAUGACCAGGAGAACUUCCAGGGCAAGCGUCUGGAGUUCACCUCGGCCUGCCAGAACAUCAUGGAGUGCAGCGUGGACAACAUCCGCUCCCUCAAGGUGGAGUGUGGGGCCUGGGCAGGAUAUGAGCACUCCAGCUUCUGCGGACAGCAGUUUGUGCUGGAGAGAGGAGAGUAUCCUCACUGGGAGUCGUGGAGUGGCAGCAACGCCUACCACAUUGAGCGGAUGAUAUCCUUCCGGCCCAUCUGCUCCGCUAACCACAAGGAGUCCAAGAUAGUGCUGUUUGAGAAGGAGAACUUCAUGGGCCGCCAGUGGGAGAUAAACGACGACUACCCGUCCCUGCAGGCGAUGGGCUGGGGCAACAAUGAGAUCGGAUCUAUGCAAGUUCAGAGCGGAGCCUGGGUGUGCUACCAGUUUCCAGGUUACCGCGGCUACCAGUACAUCAUGGAGUGCGAUCGCCAUGGCGGCGAAUACAAACACUACAGAGAGUGGGGGUCCCAUGCUCAGUCCUUCCAGGUCCAGUCUCUGCGUCGGAUCCAGCAAUGAGGCCUGCAGCCGCCUCUCCCAACCUCUCACUCUUUACCUCGUCCUCCUUCUCCUCCUCUUCUUCAUCUUCCUCUAUUCACCCUGUCGUUCCUGCGCCUCCUGGGGCUUGAGAUGUUUAUACAAAGUUUUGUUUUGUUGCCAAAUUAAGAAAGCUGUGAAAAGGGAUUGUGAAGAGACGAAACAGACAAGGAAGAGAAGCUGUGGACCGAUCCCCCGUGAGAAAAGAAAAAGAGGGAUUUCAACAGCCUCACAGUGGCUGGAGGGCGUUGGAGACCCUCGGGCAUCGCCGAGGCCACUUCACGUGUUUGUGGGUAACUGUGGUGAUGCCAGCGAUUACUAAAGAUGGAAUGAGCAACUUAAAAUAAACACAAACUGAAAGAG